AUGGGCAAGGCCGUAGGUAUUGAUCUUGGAACCACCUACUCCUGCGUUGGUGUCUGGCAGAACGACCGCGUUGAGAUCAUCGCGAACGACCAGGGUAACCGCACCACCCCCUCGUAUGUCGGCUUCACCGACACCGAGCGCCUGAUUGGCGACGCCGCCAAGAACCAGGUGGCCAUGAACCCCCACAACACCGUCUUCGACGCCAAGCGUCUCAUCGGCCGUCGCUUCGACGAGAACGAGGUCCAGUCGGACAUGAAGCACUGGCCGUUCAAGGUCAUCUCGAAGGACAGCAAGCCUGUCAUCCAGGUCGACUUCAAGGGCGAGACCAAGACCUUCACUCCGGAGGAGAUCUCGUCGAUGGUGCUGAUCAAGAUGCGCGAGACCGCCGAGGCCUUCCUCGGAGGCGAGGUCAAGGACGCCGUCAUCACUGUGCCUGCGUACUUCAACGACUCGCAGCGCCAGGCCACCAAGGACGCCGGUCUGAUUUCGGGCCUGAACGUCCUGCGUAUCAUCAACGAGCCCACCGCCGCCGCCAUUGCCUACGGUCUGGACAAGAAGACCGACGGCGAGAAGAACAUCCUCAUUUUCGAUCUGGGAGGCGGUACCUUUGAUGUGUCGCUGCUGUCGAUCGAGGACGGCAUCUUCGAGGUCAAGGCCACUGCUGGUGACACCCAUCUUGGUGGUGAGGACUUUGACAACCGCCUGGUCAACCACUUUGUCCAGGAGUUCAAGCGCAAGAACAAGAAGGACAUCUCGGGCAACCCCCGCUCCCUGCGCCGUCUGCGCACUGCCUGCGAGCGCGCCAAGCGCACCCUGUCGUCGUCUGCCCAGACCUCGAUCGAGAUCGACUCGCUGUUCGAGGGCAUCGACUUCUACACCUCGAUCACGCGUGCGCGCUUCGAGGAGCUGUGCGCGGACCUGUUCCGCUCGACCAUCGACCCGGUCGACCGCGUCCUGCGCGACUCCAAGAUCGACAAGUCGAACGUCUCCGAGAUCGUUCUUGUCGGUGGCUCGACCCGUAUCCCCCGCGUCCAGAAGCUGAUCUCUGACCACUUCUCGGGCAAGGAGCUGGACAAGUCGAUCAACCCCGACGAGGCCGUCGCCUACGGAGCCGCCGUGCAGGCCGCCAUCCUGUCGGGUGACACGUCGGAGAAGACGCAGGACCUGCUCCUGCUCGACGUGGCUCCCCUGUCGCUCGGUAUCGAGACCGCCGGCGGAGUGUUCACUGCGCUCAUCAAGCGCAACACCACGGUUCCGUGCAAGAAGUCGGAGGUGUUCUCGACCUACUCGGACAACCAGCCGGGAGUGCUGAUCUCGGUGUUUGAGGGCGAGCGCGCGCGCACCAAGGACAACAACCUGCUGGGCAAGUUCGAGCUGACCGGCAUCCCGCCUGCCCCCCGCGGCGUGCCCCAGAUCGAGGUGUCGUUCGAUGUCGACGCCAACGGUAUCCUGAACGUCAGCGCCGUCGACAAGUCGACCGGCAAGUCGAACAAGAUCACCAUCACCAACGACAAGGGCCGCCUGUCGAAGGAGGACAUUGAGCGCAUGGUUGCGGCGCGCAUCUCGGCCCGCAACGGCCUCGAGUCGUAUGCCUACAACCUGCGCAACACGGUCCAGGACCCCAAGGUCGGCGACCAGCUGGAGGCUGCCGACAAGGAGAAGCUGACCGCUGCCGUCGACGAGGCCAUCAAGUGGCUCGAUGACUCGCAGGAGGCCUCGAAGGAGGAGUACGAGUCGCGCCAGAAGGAGCUCGAGGAGAUCGCCAACCCGAUCAUGUCCAAGAUGUACCAGCAGGCCGGUGGUGCCGCGGGCGCCGCGGGUGGCUUCCCUGGCGGUGCUCCGGGCGGCUUCCCUGGCGGUGCUGCUCCGGGCGCCGGUGCCGCUGGUGCCGGUGGCGACAACGGACCUACCAUUGAGGAGGUCGACUAA